UGAAUCGCAAAGCAGUUCAAAUGUUGUUAAACCUUUUAAAAGUUCAUGUCGGUCUAUAAUUUUUAAACAAAAAGAUCUCCGUUCAACAUCUUAAACGAAUCUUUUAUUAUAUUCGUUCCUUAAUUUAAGAUGACGUUUUUGCACCGUCGGUAAUUAGAAAAUUUGUUUAAGUGCACGGUCGAUAAUAGUCGGAAUCAAUUCUUUUUUUUUUCUUUUAAAUAAAUUCAUUUCUUGUUAGCAAUCGGUAACAUACUUAUUAUACACUUAAACAUGGCGUAACGAAAGAGUUAAUAAAUACCUUUGAGAUUCGCGCGCGUCAUCAAUCAAAUUGACGAGAAGAACAAGUUAUAGCAUUAAACUCUGUCGCACAGCAACAAGAAUUUUUAAAAAUGAUUAAGAUAUUGUCUUUGGACGAUUUUCCAUCACCAUCACAUAUGCAACUGGCCACUGCUGGUAUUAAAUCUGAUGAUGUUAUAUACAACAGUCAUUUAGAGAUGCACCAUGAAAUGCAUCCUCUUUACGAACAUCUACGCAAGUACCCAGUAGUUACUAUUACCAGCGAUAUGCUUGGUACAUGUGAAUCUAUUCGUGCUAUGAACAAUGGUUUUUUAUUCCAACCGGUUCAAGACAGUAUCUUUAAAAAGCUUAUAAGCAUGUGGAGGGAAAAAGGAUUUACAGAAGCUUUACGUUAUGCUGCAUCUGAGGAUUCGGAUAAUGUAACAAACGUAAUACAUUGGAUAGCUGUAAAUCUCACGUGGGCUUUAGACACCGUAGAAAAAGGUAUUUUUCAAACGGAAGCUUUACUAGCCACUGGAUCAGGAUCCAUUACUGAUGUAGUUCCUACACGUGAUUGGAAUAACUCUAUUGUGCGUUGCAUAUCGUGGCAUCCGCAUUGUACCCGCUUAGCAGUUGCAACAAGAGAUGAUAGAAUACGUAUAUUUUCAGAAGGCAUAUCUGUGAUACCAGUUUUGCGACAUAGCGCUCAAAAGUACAUUUAUCAGUUAAGUUGGUGUCCUAAUGCUGGAAAAGUAUUAGCCGCAGCGUGUCACCAAGGUGCUUUAGUUUGGACAAUCGAAUUGGGUGCUGCUAGUAAUAUGUUAAGUUAUGCUGUGUUAUUGAAGCGAAGAAAUCAUACUCCUGUUACCAGCAUAGCCUGGCACCCACAGGGUAAUCUAUUGGUAUCUAUUUCACCGAAUGAUCACAAUAUGAUUGUAUGGGAUGUUUCCAAAGAAGAAGGUGUGCCAAUAAAGCGAGUAGCUGGCGGUGGAUUAUGUCUUGUACGUUGGUCUCUUUGUGGAAGUCGUUUAUUUUCAGCUACAUGUAAAAACAUUUUUAGAGUUUGGCAUACUGAUACUCCAAAGCCAUGGUACACAGAAAGAUGGACCGUACCGUCCGGACGCAUAGCAGUUGCUUGUUUUGGACCAAACUUAGCAUUGAUAUUUGCGUCAAGCGACGAUCCUGUUAUUUAUUCAUUACCACUCGAAGGAAAUAUUUUUGAUACUAAAUCUUCGGUGGAUGACAUCACUGUAGCAAUCCCUAUAAUCAAUUUAGCCGAAGUCACUUUUACUAAUACAAAUGAAACUUCCGUUAGAGUUGGUGGUAAAAUAGUAGCAAUGGAAUGGGAUUCUAUGGGUCAAUAUCUUGCCGUUCUCUUUCAGAACAGUCCAUUGAUUGCUUUGAUAAAAACGAAAAUAUGUAAUUUGGGCAAAGCGAUCGAAGUUAAACCAUUUACUUUCAUUAAAGGUUUACCCGGAGAAUUGCCGAAUUGUAUGAAUUUUUAUCAAAAAUGUCUUACCGAAAAUUCGACAGUUUGUUUAACUAUUGCCUGGAAUAGCGGACGUAUACAACACUUUCCUAUCGUUCAUAGUUACGAUGGAAAAGCAUAAAGUCAAAAUUACAUCAUUUUUCUAUCGGUCUUUGACUCGUCAUUAAUGUCGGAGAAAUGAAAAAAAGAAGAAACUGAAAAAAUCUUCUUUAAAAAAAAAGAACGAAAAGAGAGAGAAAAAAAGAAAUAAGAAAACGCGAUCCAAUGCUAGGGUCUCAAACAUGCUGCUACACGAGCAACGUAUAGGACAUACAAGUUCUCGAGUUUGGUACCUAAUUAUACGAAGUCACAUGCAGAGCGCACGUCUUUCUAUUUUUACGUUGCUUGACCGAAUGCUAUAUAACCCGACAGAAUGUUAUGUAUCUCUAGCUAUUUUCAAUACAUAUUAUAUGUCGUCCGAUUUAUGGAUGUACAUACUAUUCCUAUGCAAUGAUGCAAUCGCGAUAAUAAA